CCUACUGUCCGCCCCUAACUCAGAUCCGGCGCAGAAUUUGGCGCGUAGAUCAAAAUGCACCUGUGUCUGUGACGUCAUUUUCCCUCGACAACGGGGUGGACCACCGAAGUCAGGCGCAUGCGUCUGGAGCUCUCGCCGGCCCCGUUUUUGUCCAAGCGCGAGCGCCUACCGUUAACGUUCUCCAGCCGCUCGCGGGAGACAGAAUGGGGGGGAAGAAGAAGAAGAAGCAGCGAGCCGAGGCUGCAGCGGUGGCAGCGGCAACGGCAGCGGUUCGACUCCCACGUCCGGAUGGAGCGCAGCCCGAGGGCGAGAAGAAAAAUCAGAGCCUGCGGCCGGCGGCUGCCAAACCGAACACGAAGGAGAUGAAAGUUAAAGCAGGCCCAAAGACAUAUAGCUUUGGCACAACCUCCUCUAAUGAAUUGAAUACUGCUGGAAAUUUGGAUAGAUCCAUUCCUAAGGUUGUGAUUAAACCUGAACUGGAACAAAGGAUAAUAAGACUGAUUAACCAAUUCAAAGCCCAACAUGGCAAAUCGGGAACCAUCUCUGGAAGGCUCACAGUGAAAAAACUGCAGGACCUAUAUAUAGCUUUGCAAGGAUUUUCAUUUCGUGAAGAGGACAUUGAAGAAGCCAUGAAAAACACUGUCAUUUAUGGUGGAGAUCUUCAUUCUGCUUUGGACUGGUUGUGUUUAAAUCUUCCUGACGAUUCAUUACCUGAUGGAUUCAGGCAAAAACUGCAGGAGGAAGAGACCAAGACCAAGCCCAAGUUUCAGCUGCCUGUAAAGGCUGAAAUAAAUUAUGAAAACUCUGAGGUUCAAAAAGGUGAUGAUAAGCCCCAAGCCAAGGCUGCUGAAAGUGGAAGCACGCAAGUUAGCAUGAAGGAAUGGAUUUUACAAUAUGCUGACAAAGCAAGUAGUAGCGGAGAUGAUGACAGUGACGAUCCAAAUAAUGAAUUACCUGAGAAAACGUGUGAAAAGGAAGAACGUUUUGAUCCGAAUGAACUUUACUUGGAGCUGACAGCAAAACUAGUUGAUGUUAAAGAACGGGCUUUGUCCUUUAAACAUAAUAAUAACAAACAUGCUCACAGAGAAGCAAGUGAAAGAAUAAAGAUACUACAACAGGAGAUUAAACAGUUGGAGAAGCAUCCUGCUUUUGAUCCUUCAAUCAAGAUGGUAGACAUAAAGAAGAAUGGCAAAAGUUUGCCUGAACUUGCUGAUGAUAAGCAUGAAGGUGCCCUUAACCUAACCUUGCUGGAAGAAUCAACACCAAAAUUAAAAGAGAAACCAAGAAAUGAACCAAAGGAUGUACGGAACUUUGACUACACUUCACGAAGUUGGACAGGGAAGUCUCCCAAACAAUUUCUGAUUGAUUGGUGCCGGAAAAACCUCCCCACUAGUCCAGCUCCUAAUUAUCGCAAAAUCGCUGUGGGUAGAUUCUGGAAGUGUAGUGUAAGAGUAAACAGACAGAAGGAUGGAAUGUUGGAAGUAUGUCCCACAAUUCUCACAGAGGAUGCCAUGCAAGCCCAACAUCUGGCAUCUACAUUGGCCCUGUGGCAUUUAGUAAGAGGACAGGCUGUACAUCAGUUACUCCCACCUACAUAUCGUGAGGUGUGGAUUGAAUGGAGUGAAGCUGAGAAGAAGAAAACUGAAACGAGACAGAUGGAAAAGAAUAAACCACGAGACCAAUUCAUUACCAAAUUGUUAAAUACACUAAAGCAGAAACCAUCCACUUGCAUUUCAUCAACAACAGAAGAUCUAGAAGAUUCCUGGGAGAAUUUGAUAACUGAGGAUGACUUCAGAAGUUUAUGUAUUGCUAAGGAGAGGGAUGAUAAUUUGAACACUGCAAAGAUUAUUUUAAAAAACUUGCAAAGUUCAGUCAAGUUUCAGAAACUUUUGAAAGAGAGGCAACUGUUACCUGUCUUUCAACACAGAAAGCAAAUUGUUGAAACUCUCAGAAGGCAUCGAGUGGUGGUGGUUGCAGGUGAAACAGGCAGUGGGAAGAGCACACAAAUACCUCAGUUCCUUUUGGAUGAUUUACUGUCAAGUGAGACUACACAAUGCAAUAUUAUUUGUACCCAACCUCGAAGAAUUUCAGCAGUGAGUCUGGCAACACGUGUUUGUGAGGAACUUGGUUGUGAAGAAGGUCCUGGAGGAAAAAACUCUCUUUGUGGUUAUCAAAUCAGAUUGGAAUCAAAAGUUGGAGAAUUGACUAAGCUUUUGUACUGCACUACUGGUGUUCUUCUGCGGAAACUGCAACACGAUGCGUUUCUCACCACUGUGUCUCAUGUAAUUGUUGAUGAGGUUCACGAGAGGAGUGUACAAUCAGAUUUUCUGUUGAUCAUACUGAAGGAGUUAAUGCAAAAACGUUCAAAUCUAAACCUAAUUUUGAUGAGUGCAACUGUGGACAGUGAUAAGUUUGCUCGGUACUUUGGACAUUGUCCUGUUAUCAAUAUCCCUGGGAGAAUCUAUCCAGUUGAGGUUUAUCAUUUGGAAGAGGUGGUGGAAGAGACUGGCUACAUUUUGGAAAAGGAUUCUGAAUACUGCCAACGAUUUUUGGAGGAGGAGGAAGAAAUCAACGUGACGGUCACUGGCAAAGGAGGAAAAACAUUUCAGCAUCAGGAGUAUCUUGUUAAAGGGACACAGCCUGGGAAUAAUUUGGUAAUAGACCUUGAAAAAUACAGUAGUCGUACUCGUCAUGCUAUUCAGUACAUGCAUCCAACCAAAAUAAACAUGGAUCUCAUAUUGGAUCUCAUUAACUUCUUGGAUAAAAGUGCCCCAUUCAGAGCAGUUGAUGGUGCAGUGUUAGUAUUCUUACCGGGUCUGGCUCAUAUUCAACAACUGUAUGAUCUUCUAACUACAGACAAAAGGUUGCAGGACAGAAAAAGGUUCAAAAUAAUUGCUUUGCACUCCAUUCUUUCAUCUCAAGAUCAAGCUGCAGCUUUCAAAGUCCCACCACAAGGGGUCAGAAAGAUUGUUCUGGCAACAAACAUUGCGGAAACAGGCAUCACAAUACCUGAUGUAGUUUUUGUCAUUGAUUCUGGAAAGACCAAGGAGAACAGGUAUCAUGAAAGUAGCCAAAUGAGCUCACUGGUGGAGACCUUCAUCAGCAAAGCCAAUGCUCUUCAGAGGCAGGGUCGAGCUGGCCGUAUCAGAGAAGGGUUCUGUUUUCGUUUGUAUACCCAAGAAAGGUAUGAUAGUUUCAUAGAUUAUUCAGUCCCAGAAAUCCUGCGAGUUCCACUGGAAGAACUUUGUCUUCAUAUCAUGAAAUGCAAUCAUGGAUCCCCAGAAGAUUUUCUUGCCAGAGCUUUAGAUCCACCACAGCUCCAGGUCAUUAGUAAUGCUAUGAAUUUGCUGAGGAAAAUUGGAGCCUGUGAAAUCAACGAAGCUAAACUCACACCAUUAGGUCAGCAUCUUGCUGCCCUUCCAGUAAAUGUGAGAAUUGGGAAAAUGUUGAUAUUUGGUGCAAUUUUUGGCUGUUUGGAAACUGUGGCAACCAUAGCUGCAGCCAUGGCUGAGAAAUCUCCCUUUGUUACGCCAAUAAAUGGGAAAGAAGAAGCUAACCUUGCAAAAUCAGCUCUGGCAUUGGCUAAUUCAGAUCACCUGGCCAUUUACAAAGCAUAUUUAGGAUGGAAGAAUGUGCGAUCAGAUGGCUAUCGUGCUGAAAUGGCUUACUGUAAGAAACACUUUCUGAGUCGGACUACACUUAUAACAAUGGAGGAUAUUAAACAGGAACUUAUCAAGCUGAUGGAGGCAGCAGGUUUUGUGCCAUCAAGAACCACAGGAAUUAAGCAUCAAAGUUGCAGCAAAGGACCUUUGGCAGAGCACCCAAAAAAGAGUUUAUCAGAUAAGGAAAUUCUGCUUCUGAAAGCUGUACUAACAGCAGGACUGUAUGACAAUAUUGGGAAGAUUAUUUACACACCGUCAGUGGAUAUCACUGACAAGGUGAUCUGUUGUGUCGAAACUGCUCAAGGUAAAGCACAAUUACACCCUUCAUCUGUCAACAGAGAUCUGCAGACAAAUGGUUUGCUUCUGUAUAAGGAGAAGGUGAAAUAUGGAAGGAUAUAUGUGCAAGAGACAACCCUGACUUCACCUUUUCCAGUGUUGCUGUUUGGUGGUGCUAUAGAGGUGAUGCACCGUGAAAGAUUACUUUCAGUUGAUGGCUGGAUACAUUUCCAGGCUCCUGUCAGAACAGGAAUCAUUUUUAAGGAGCUGAGAUCCUUGAUUGAAUCUGUUCUACUAAAGAAACUUGAAGAUCCAAAAAUAUCAAUUGAAGAUGACGAGAUAAUACAGAUAAUUAUGGAACUGAUCAAGACUGAGCAUUGCUGACUAAAAUUAAGGCUCUGGAGGGAAAAUAGAUGAAGAUUUUUAUAGGAUGGUAUAAUAAAUGUCAAAGGAUUUGAAAACAUUAACAUUCCACAGGAUUGGAAGGAGCUGAAAAUAAACACAUUUUAAAAAGGGCAAGAGAACUGACUCGGCCUCUUAGCCUAUCAAUGAUGGCUAAAAUAAUGACGUGUAAUGUGGAGGAAUACUGUCGAGGAUCAAAAACCAUCAGAUUGAUUUUGGAAGAAAAUAUCCUGUCCUGCAUUUGUUUUGAAAAAGUUCCAGAUUGCAUAUACCUGUUUUGACAAUCCACCUCAGACCGUUCAAUUAAACUCAAAUUCUUAAUAAAGAUUUACAUAACAAACUUUUGAUUAAAAACUCGAUGAAUCCAGAAUUAAACAUAGGACUACAUGUGGAACUGAUUUAGAAAGCAGUGGAGAAAUAUGUGCAUGAUGUGUCAGGUCACACUGUGUUGAUUAGCACAUGAACAUUUAACAGAUGUGCAUACGAUCUGUUUUAGAAAUUGCUCUUUUAAGAAGCAAAUGCUUGUGAUCACUGCGCACUGCCAUUAUAAUUUAUUUCGUUUGAAACAUUUUUCCUCGUCUGACUUUUUAAUGAUUUGAAAUUAUAUCAAAGUUAUUGGAGGGGAAAGCUCACACUUUCCCUAAGAUGCAGAAUUGUGCAAAAAAAAAAGCUAAGCAAUUAUAACUAAAACAAUAUUAAACAAAAACUGUGGAUGCUGGAGAUCUGAAACAAAAACAGAUAUUGCUGGCAAAACUCAGGUCUACAAACAUCUGUGG